ACCUCUUUGCAGUGAUGAGAUCUAGAUUAUUUUGGAUAUUUGCAAUUAUAUACUCAUCACUACAUCACAUUGGAUCGGGAUCUACUUCGACAACAUUGAAGCGUCCCAGAGCCGGGGAUCCCUUCGACACGUUCCCGAAGAACUUCUGGCAGGAGUUCUCCUCGCCGUUCACAGACACGCCGGAAGAUGAGGAGCUGGAGGUCACCGAGACGACCACGCACGAGCCGUUCCCCUUCUUUGCUGAUCCCUAUACGACGGUUAAUAUAAGCACCCAGCUCUCCUCGAACGUAUAUCUGCACUGCCGCGUCAAUGACCUGCAGGGCAAGACGGUGUCGUGGAUGCGGCGUCGAGGCGAUGACCUCACCCUGAUAACUUUCGGCCAGCACACCUAUAGCGGCGACUCGCGCUACUCGCUCGAGUUCGAGGAGCCUAACGACUGGAAGCUUCUCAUCCAGUUCGCCAAUGAGCGCGAUGAGGGUCCGUACGAGUGUCAGGUCUCCUCGCAUCCUCCCCUGGUACUUCUCGUAUAUCUAACUAUAAUUGUUCCUCAUGUGGAAAUUCUUGACGAGAGAGGAUCGGCCACACCGGAGAAGUACUACAAGGCUGGCAGCACCAUCGAGCUGCAGUGUGUCAUCUCCAAAAUUCCACAUCCAUCGUCCUACAUCACCUGGCGACACGGGCCCCGUCUGCUCAACUAUGACACCAGUCGGGGUGGCAUCAGUGUGAAAACGGAUAUGCUACCUGGACGGGCCCUGAGUCGCCUAUACAUUGCCAAUGCGAAUCGACAAGAUACCGGGAACUACACCUGUAUGCUGGGCAACGAGAUCACGGAGACGGUUGUAGUACACGUGCUUAACGGUGAGGAGCCAGCCGCAAUGCAGCACGCGAACGGGACUCGCCACGGUGCCAGGCCCUCAACUAUGGUUGUGUUUUUUCUAUUGUACGUAUACGCGUGUGUUUGCGGAAUGGCGGUGGCGGUGGGCCACCCGGUCGGGCGAUGACGAUCUAGUGGCAUCUGAAAGGUGAAAACACAGGUAGGUGGUCGCUACACAGCAGAGUUACAGUGAGGGAAAUGCAUACACCAGAAAAUCUUGUCCAGAAUUGCAUUUUUGACUUUUACUCUAAUCAUGGGUUGUUUAAUAUACGAUAAAUAGCAUAAAAUGAAUACUAAAUACAUACUAGAUUUAAGUCGCAAAUCGAAUGAUAAAAAACAAACAAACAAUGUGAGAGCUCGUAUGUAUUUAUAUUAUAUAAGGGCGUACGCGAAUAUAUGUAGAACAUGAAAUUGAUUUUGAAAA